GAUAAGAUUUCGAUUUUCAGUCAAAUCAGCUACUGAUCGAAUUUCGAUGUUCCUAUAUGCUUUGAUCAUUAUUACAGUACCUAACAAAUACGGACAAACUCAUAUAUUUAAAUUUUAUGAACAUAUCCGCGAACGCUAAUUAAUUCGCAUAGACAAUGCCAACCUCUAAAUAAAAAUACAUCGCAAAUCUAUGGCCGGCCGCGCCGCUCCGUUCCACAUUCGAAAUAAUAAUUGUAUUAAGGAAACAUGAGCGCGGCGCAUGUGUUUGUUUGUUUGUUUACGCGCCGGUGACGUCAUAUGUUUAUUCUCGCGGGGAGACUCGGGUACGGUGGGCUGGGGCAAUUGAUUUUUUGAUAAGUAGAUAAUAUAUAUGCAGAUAUGACUAUAAAAAGUGAACGGGUUGGUGUAAAUUGAAUGUUAUUUGGAAUUAUUAUAAUUCUACUCCGGCAUAAACUUCUAGUUGAGAAUUUCCUGGUGGUAUACAAUAUGGUGCAUACUAUGAUGCUCUCCGAAAAAGUAGUAUACAGAUAUAGGCUUUACAGGGUCGGCAACUCACUUGUGACAGCUUUAGAACCUAUCUACGUUAUCUAUACCAUGGCUUACCUUGGUUUGGUACCAUCACGGAGGCCUUGCACGUGUAGCAGGCAGUAAGCCUUUUUAUAAAAAAUACAUACUUUUAUAUAUGUUUGUAUAAAGGCAUGCUGAAAUUUUAUAAUUUACUUAGUAUACAAUUUCUUCUGAAGCAGUAGAAUGAACUGCCGCGCUAUUCUAUCCUACUUUCAACUCUAUUCAUCACUACUUUCUAGUAUAAUACGUAUAAGUAGUAAACUGUCAUAAUAUAUUCUUUUCUUUUUUAAUUUGAAAUCGCAAAAUAGCUAAGAACAUUUCUCCACAUCAACUUCUAAAAGAGUGUUCACACAAGAGUUACUGCUACACGUCUGUCCGUCUGAGUACUAGUGCGAAAAGAUGUUGACAUGUCAUUUGCAAGUUUUUCAUAGUGGCAACUACAUGGGUGUCAAACCUGCCGCGGUGCCCCUUGUUUACACACUCACACACGCGCACCGCCGCACACACCGCCGCUCCCGUCGAGCCGCUUAUUUAGGUAUAUUGUUGUUUAUUUUAUUCGGCGCUAUGCUCCGACACGGCGAGCCUUUCGACUCAGUUUUAACGCGCACGUUUUAUGAAACGACAACUAUGCGUCGAUGUGCGCUCGCCACGAAUAAUUAUUAAUAUCGGCACGACCGAAAUAACGACGCGGUAAACAAAUUCGCGAUUUUUAUUGGUUAACACUUUGUUGAAUAGAACGUGAGGUUUUAUUUAUGUUUUUUUUUAUAACCUAUUCGCGUUGUCGUUGGCCGGUGCCGGUUGUCUCCGCAAAUUUUAAUAGCCGCUAAUCAUAGUUUAUUUUUGCGCGCAACGUGUGUUUCAUAAAUGUGCUCGGACUUUUUGGAUUUUUGGACAUUUGUUGGUUUGUUUGAUACAAUACGGAAGUGAUAAUAAAAAUUAUAAAUUAGUUGUCAUAAAUUCUCGAAAUGAAAAAGUCAUUUUUAUGAGAACUGGUUCUAUUUUUGAACAAUAGCUCGAGCGGCGGGAGUUUUCAAACUUUUAAAAUUUCGAAUGUCAGUUUUGGCGGGAAGGCAAGAAGUAGGUUGUACAGAAAGUUUGGAAAAGUGUUGAGCACACAUCGGAUGCUCGCUAGUGUUUUUUCAACGCGUUUUCGAGGCUAAGCGCUAGUUGUUUGAACAAGUGUGUUUUCUAAUGGAUUUAUUUUGAGAUUGUAUUCAAAACAUUCGCUGUGCGCUGGCGCAUUCGGAGCACGAGUGCAGCCGGGCGUGCCACAAGGCAGCGUGCUGGGGCCGGUAGAUUAUAUGUGAAGUGCUGGACUGAUUGUGCUGGAUGUGUCUCCAGAAGGAUGACAGUGGUGACAUAGAUGUCGAUGUGACGAGACCAAUGGUGCAGCUACCUUUACUGGUGGGUCCCGAGCCGGCACUGAACUCGACCCCGGGCGCCGCGAAGCCGCCGCUACUAAACUCUUUCGAGCUGGACCGCUGUUUGGACAGAGAGGAGUCCGGCAGGUGGGGCGGCGAAGCGGCGCGGCGGCGUCGGCGCAGCUCGCCCCCGCGCCGCGCCUCGCCACCUAGAGAUCAUGAGCCUCUCGCUCUUGCUCGGGCAUCAGCCCCAGCCUCCCCAACCGCUGGUUCAGCACACUCUUCACCAGCACCUGUAUCUCCAGCCGGAAGUACUGCUGGUGCCCGCUCUCCACUCCCGCUGGUCGCACCAGACCUGCUGGCCAUGCAGCUGCUGGAUCAGCACUCGCAGCUGCAAGCACUGAUGAAACAGCGGCUGUUUCAUCAACACCAUAUGCAGAAACAGCACUUAUCCUCGGAGGCUGCUAAGCGUCAGCUGGAGCAGUCGCGGCUGCAGGACCAGAUCAACCUGAACCUGUUGUCGCAGUCGCAUCUGCCGCCUCCUGACGCUUCCCCUGGUUCCCUUCAGCAGCAGCUCGGCGCGCAGCAGCAGCAGCUGGUGCAGCAGCUGCAGGCCGUGCAGCGCCAAUACCUCAUGCACGGGCCUCUGUCUGUGCCGCCUAAUGCUCCUCCAGGUCUUAUGCUAUGGGGGAGCGAGAUGGAAGAGCACCCGCUGUUCGGGCGCGGAGUGUGCAAGUGGCCCGGCUGCGACGCGCUCGCUGAUGACUACCAGGCGUUCCUCAAACACUUGGAAGCAGCCCACACCCUCGACGACAGAUCAGCCGCGCAAGCACGCGUGCAGAUGCAGGUGGUCGCCCAGCUGGAGCUGCAGCUACGUCGAGAAAGGGACCGUCUCGCAGCCAUGAUGCGGCACCUGCAUGCUGCUAGAGACUCGAGCCAUCACCAGCCGAAACAUUCACAUGGAGCGCCCAAUGAAGGCGCAUCGCCCGGACCAGUCCGUCGCCGAGUCUCCGACAAGUCUGGUGUGGCUAUAGCUGGUGGUCUUCCGUAUAUGCUCGAAAGAGCUGGAUUAGAUGUGCAACAAGAAAUUCAGCGCAACCGUGAAUUUUAUAAAAGUGCAGACGUUCGGCCCCCGUUCACAUAUGCUUCGCUCAUUCGACAGGCCAUCAUAGAGUCUCCAGAUAAGCAGCUGACCCUCAACGAGAUCUACAAUUGGUUCCAGUCAACCUUCUGCUACUUCCGACGCAAUGCUGCCACAUGGAAGAACGCAAUCCGGACGAACCUCUCGUUGCACAAAUGUUUCGUGCGGUACGAGGACGACUUCGGGUCCUUCUGGAUGGUGGACGACGCGGAGUUCGUGAAGCGGCGGCACCUGAGCCGCGGCCGCCCGCGCAAGUACGAGCCGGCGCCGCCCGGCCCCGCCGCGCCGCCCGCACAGUUCAUGGGAGCACAGAGUCCUCCGAUGAUGACCAGCCCUCAUGGCUACAGUGAAGCUCUCAAAAGGAACCUUCAGGGUAUGAUGGAGGAAUGCAACCUGUCAUACAUGUCGAGCGAAGAUCACAUCAUGCAAGGGGCUGAGGAAUAUCCUUCCUCCCAUGAUGAGUACAGCCGGCCUUCCUUGCUGAAUGGCUACGGCAGCAGCAGCUCGCACGAGGUGAAGGCCGAGGACCUCAGCGGGGCCGACCAGGACAUCAAACCUAACAUAUACGCGCUCAAGAACGAGAUGCAGGCUUCCGACUAUUCUAACAAAGAUUACACAAACUCUACAAAGGAGUCCUCAAGCAACCGCUCCGGCGAGACCAGCCCCUACGACGACUACCCGCGCCCCGAGGACCGGUACCGGCCCUCGGCCUCCCACAUAAAGGACGAGGCCGAAAACCUCUCACUCAACGAACAGAGAUCUGACAAGUAAAAAAAAGUUGACAAGUAGUAGUGACUGGACAUUUUUGGUACCGGCUUUCGGUCCCACACGUAAAGGCCAAGGCCAAAAACCUCACUCAACGAACAGAGAAAAAAAGUGAAGGUUGACAAGAACUAGUGAUGGACAAUUCUGGUUGCCGGCAGUUCUUGAAAGCAAUAAUUAGGUUGCCGGCUAGUGUUUAGAAUUAUUAUCACAGUAUGUAAUACUUUAUACUUACGGGUGUAGAUCUAUUUCAAGUUAAUAGCGGUUGCGUGUAUGUGUUCAUUGUUGGAUUUUUAUAUUUAAAGAUCUCGGGAGGUUUUUACGAGUUAGAAAGUAACCAAAUAUUUUUUGUUUAAUUUUGAAACCGACCCGGUUUUAACGGGCUUUGAAGUAUUAUAGUUUAUAUUUUUUUCACCGCUAAGUUUUUACAUUUUUUAAGUUUCUAGGUAAGGUAAUUGAGAAAUUAGGUCCUCUAUUUAUAGGUUAAGUGUUAGGAAAUUCUAGACGAAACGAAUUGCGCUAAAUAAUCAAAAAGUCAACGAUAAAAUAACCUUAAAAGGUCCAUAUCAAUAUUUAAAAAUAUUUAAUCAUUAUUUGUAAUAUACAAAUAAUAUGAACAAUAAGUAGGUGUAUUGGACUGUUUAGGAAAACGUAAUGGUACAUAAAGUUUUAAUAUUAACGCUAAGCGUUUUGGUUCGAUAUAAAGGCUUACUUCUUUCUGUGUUUUACAUAGACCAAUGAAAAACAAUUUUUGCGAAAAAAGACGAAUACUUUUUUUGGCGCUUCCCGUCUGUAUUUUACCGCCGAAAUCAAUAGUUAAAUAGUUUUAUUUCCGUGUUUGCUCAUCGCUUUACGAAAUAUUGUUGUACCUACGGAAUUGAUUUAAUCAUACGUUAAUUUAAGGAAAUGAUCUGAAGUUUUAUUUUUGUACCACGCGGUACAUUUGUGCUUGCUUUUAUUCCAAGGAAUUGUUUUUUAGUUCAUAGACUAAGAGCUAGGUUGUAAAUAUUUAUCAUGAUUGUCAUGAGUUGUAAAUUGUUAAAAAUGGUAAUUCUAGACGAGUGUAAACGUUUACUUAUUAAAUAUACCUUAAUAUUGGAUAUUAAAUCGUUCAUGUUGUAGAAAAUUUAGAAAAACUUUAGUAGUAAAAAAAACUGUAAUUCGACACUUAUAUUACAAAUUUUGUUUCCGCUGUUGUGUUCAUGCAUUUUGUAUUUUUGCAUAUUCUCUUUGAUUUAUUAAAAAUAUACUAUUUAUAAGAGUACUGUAUACUUCCUUAUUUAUUCAUGUCUCUAAGGCUGCAUUUAUGCACACGCGGGGCGUUGAGCUUAAAAUUCUGUAAUAUGGGUUUGUAUAGGAGCUUUCAUAAGCGUAAGCGAUUUUACUUUAAAUUAAAUGCCACUCCGCAUGUAUAUAAAUAAGCCCUAAUGAGCGUUUUAAUUUGAAAACCUAAGUAUAUAAUUAAAUUCGAGCAAUGACGCAAACUUUCAGUGAAAAAUCAUACUAAAGAUACCUUCUCUAGUUAUUUAUAAAUUCAAGAAGGGUUGAAUCAUAUCACGGUUAAGUAUGUAUACCUACUUGUAAUAUCUAGAACUGUAAUUCGAUGUGUAUGUAAAAUGUAUAUUCCAUUUUGCAAUAACUUGAAUAAGUAGUAAAAAAAAUGCAGGCACAUUUAAAAACACAUUUUGUUUGUAUAUUUUUAUGCAUUUUUAGAGCAGUGAAGUACAAAAAAAACAU